AGCGAAUCUUCACUGUAUCAAAUUGGCGCCCAAAAAUACACAAGCGUCUUGAAAGAUUACUGAGUUUUAAAGUAAAAACAUAGCCGAAAACAUGACCAACCGCCUGGAGACCAAGUACGAGAACCUGAGCAGCCACUUCCGGCUGAAGGGACACGACUACCAGAAGCAAUUCUGCCACCUUUAUGCCCACCGCCUGGCCGAGAUGACCCGCCUCCUUACGCCUCUGGCCCAGAAGAAGUGGGGCAACAAGGAGCCUAUCAAGAAGCUGUGCGAUCUACGCGGCGAACAGGACAUCCACUGCAUCCUCAUUGGCACCAUCUACAAGCAUCAGGCGCACAAGCCCAGCAUCCUGCGGGACAUCUCCGAGGAGAACCAGUUGGCCCCACAGCCACCACGACAGAAUUACUCGGAGCCGGAGGACAAGAUUGUGCUGGAGGAUGAACUGCAGCGAGUGCGGCUGCAGGGCGAGGUGAAGGGUGAGCUUAUGGCCACCGGAGUUGUAUGCGCCACAUUGGGAGGUACUGACAGCGAGGGAUUCUUCAAUGUGGAGGACAUUCUCUUCUACGAGAGUGGACCCCAAAAGCCGCUUGCUACGACUAGAAAGAGCCGCCUGCUGGUGCUCGUCUCGGGAUUGGACCAACUGCAGGCCCACAAUUACGUGGAGGCGCUGAAUCUCUUCCAGUACUGGCUGGCUGGAAGUCUGGGCAAUGGCAAGGAGGCCCGCUCCAUGGUGCGUCUCAUCGUGGCUGGCAAUUCGGUGAGAGCCAGUGCAGUGGCCCAUGUGCCCACUCUUCAGGUGGCCCGCACCCAGGCCAACGCCAACGAUACUGUGCAGGCUGUCACCCAGUUGGACAAGUGGUUCGCCUCGUGGUCUCGCAGUCUUCCUGUGGACAUAAUGCCGGGAGCCUACGAUCCGGCUAACUUUAUGCUACCCCAGCAGGCGUUCCACAAAUGCAUGUUCCCGGAGGCCGCCAAACUGACCUCCUUUCAGGCGGUGACCAAUCCGUACAAUUGCAAGCUGGACGAUGCCUUCGUCGUAGGAACCUCUGGCCAAAAUGUCUCCGAUUUGCUGCGCAGCACUUCGCUGGAUUCAUCAUUGGAGGCACUGCGUUGCACCCUUACCUGGGGACACAUAGCACCCACAGCUCCGGACACACUGGCCUGCUAUCCGUACAUCGACAGUGAUCCCUUCAUCCUGCGCGAGUGUCCGCACGUGUACUUCGCCGGAAACUGCGAUUCCUUCGAGACGGCGCUGCACGAGGGAUCCCAGGGCAAGCGGACGCGUCUGGUGUGCGUGCCCAAGUUCAGCCAAACUCAGAGCGUGGCCGUGGUGGACCUGGACACAUUGGACUGCCGCCAAGUCAGCUUCAGCGUGGACGCCGAAUAAUACAAUUAACAUUAAUAAUACACCGUGUUUAAGUCUUGAGAA